GCGAGGAAGGGAGUUUAUAAACAGAGUAUCGAUUUUAGCCAUUUUGAUCAUUAACAGGAUCUGGUUUUUACACUUUAGUCUUGAAGCGGGCAUUAUUUUUAGAAGAAGCUAGUUUUUCAUCAUUAUUGAUAAGACCGAUCAACAAAAGCGCUUCACAAUGCCUUUAACAUCGGUCUAAACGAGGAAACUAAGUAUAAGGCAGGUCUAAAACAGGUAUUGAUCAGGUCAUAAAUAGGGGAAUCGCCGAUUUUGUGUCAUAGAUAAGGUAAGGGUUUUGGGAAGCGGGCCGCAAACCCCGACCCAAUUGUUCUCGAAUUCUCACCCCCGUCCCCGCCCCCGGGAUAUUUCUGCAAUGUUUGCUCCCUAACGAUCCCAGAGUUCUUUGCGCAUAACACGGGUAUUCGAUUACUGAUUCAUUCUGAUUGGUCGAGAAAUCUGAACAGUAAGGCGCGGCUGAUAAGCGAGGUAAACAUGGCGGAUGGUUUGCUCCCAGGAGUGAAGUUUUCGAAUAUUUAGUCAUCGCCUCAGUCAAGUGUGGGAUUUUCCAAACACUGAGAAUUAGGGAAAUGACUAGCAAGGCUUUUGGACCAAAUUCGUUUUUCAAGUUAUGGUUUAACUUCUCAAGGCAUUUCAAGCAGUGGUUUCAUAGAGUGCCGGACAACUUGCGUCAGAUCAGAUGGCGCGCGGGAGAGCCGAGGAGCUCUGUAACAGUCUGGAUCUCUUGACGAUAGGCUCAUAUAAGCUUAAAUUACUCAUGAAUUUACCAACGAUCACGACAAGGUCUCCAGUCAUGAGAAAAUGUUGGAGGGUAAGGUGCCUCAAGGCAUCAAGGGGUCGCUUGGCUUGUUAUCCAUCAGCAUGGACAUAAGAGAUGCUCGCCGAAUGCUCCUCCAAACUAUGGAAAUCCUGGCUGAGCCAGACAAUCCAGCACGUGAUCUGCUGACAUCAGCACUUAAAGUGCUUGACAAGGCUCAACAUACCAUCAACGAAGAGGUUUCCUCAGUGGCUGUCCAAGAGCCAAGUGAUACUCUGGGGUGUGAGGGUAUGGUCACUGAGUCUCCAUGUGAUGCUGUGGCUACACAGGAAACACCUAGUGUUGAAGACGUUGUGGUCACUGAGGAUCCAUGUGAUGUUGUGAUGUCACCUACCCAUGAAGGCGGUGUGGUCACUGACUCUCCAUGUGAUGCUGUGGCUACACAGGAAACACCUAACAUUGUAGACAUUGUGGUUACCAAGUCUCAAUGCGAUGUCGUGGCUAGACAGGAAACACCUGCUGUUGAAGGCAGUGUGGUCACUGAGUCUCUAUGUGAUGCUCUGGCUACACAGGAAACACCUAACGUUUUAGACAUUGUGGUCACCAAGUCUCAAUCUGAUGUCGUGGUUACACAGGAAACACCUACCGUUGAAAGCGGUGUUGUCACGGAGUCUCCAUGUGAUGUCGUGAUGUCACCUAAUAUUGAAGACUGUGUGGUCACUGAGUCUCCAUUUGAUGCUGUGGCUACACAGGAAACAGCUCCCCUUGAAGACUUUGUGGUCAGUGAGUCUCUAUAUGAUAUCAUCCCUCUACAGGAAACACCCAAUGUUGAAGACGGUGUCAUCACCAAGUCUCUAUAUGAUACUGUGGCUACACAGGAAACACCCAACAUUGAUGACGGUGUGGUCAUUCAGUCUCUAUGUGAUGCUGUGGCUACACAGGAAACACCCAACGUUGAAGACAGUGUGGUCACCAAGUCUCUAUGUGAUGCUGUGGCUGCACAGGAAACACCCAAUGUUGAAGACGGUAUGGUCACUGAGUCUCUAUGUGUUGCUGUGGCUAGACAGGAAACACCCAACGUUGAAGAUGGUGUGGUCACUGAUUCUCUAUGUAAAGCGGUGGCUACACAGGAAGCACCCAACGUUAAAGAAGGUGUGGUCACCGAGUCUCUAUACGAUGCUGUGGCUACACAAGAAACACCCAACGUUGAAGACGGUGUGGUCACUGCGUCUCUAUGUGAUGCUGUGGCUACACAGGAAACACCUAACAUUGAAGACCUCGUGGUUAUCGAGUCUCAAUGUGAUAUCCUGGCCACUCAGGAAACACCUAAUGUUGAAUGUAUUGAAGACAGUGUAGUCACCGAGCCUCUAUGUGAUGCUGUGGCUGCACAGGAAACACCCAACGUUGAAGACAGUGUGGUGACUGAGUCUCUAUGUAAUGCCGUGGCUACACAAGAAGCACCCAACGUUGAAGACAGUGUGGUCACUGAGUCUCUAUGUGAUACUGUGGCUACACAGAAAACACCCAACGUCGAAGAUGGUGUGGUCGCUGAGUCUCUAUGUGAUGCUGUGGCUACACAGGAAGCACCCAACGUUGAAGACGGUGUGGUCACUGAGUCUCUAUGUGAGGCUGUGGCUACACAAGAAACACCUAAUGUUGAAGACAGUGUGGUCACUGAGUCUCUAUAUGAUGCUGUGGCUACACAGGAAACACCUAAUGUUGAAGAGAGUGUGUUCACUGAGUCUCUAUGUCAUGCUAUGGCUACAGAGGAAACACGUAAUGUUGGAGACGGUUUGGUCACAGAGUCUCUAUGUCAUGCUGUGGCUACACAGGCAACACCCAACAUUGAAGACGGUGUGGUCACUGAGUCUCUGUGUCAUGCUCUGGCUACACAGGAAACAUGCAACGUUGAAGACGGUGUGGUCACUGAGUCUCUAUGUAAUGCUGUGGCUACACAGGAAACACCCGACGUUGAAGACAGUGUGGUCACUGAGUCUCUAUGUCAUGCUUUGGCUACACAGGAAACACCUAAUGAAACACCCAACGUUAAAGACGGUGUGGUCACUGAGUCUCUAUGUGAUGCUCUGGCUACACAGGAAACACUCAACGUUGAAGACGGUGUGGUCAGUGAGUCUCUAUGUAAUGCUGUUGCUACACAGGAAACACCCAACGUCGAAAAUGGUGUGGUCACCCAGUCUCUGUGUGAUGCUGUGGCUACACAGGAAACACCAAACGUUGAAGACGGUGUGGAAACACCCAAUGUCGAAGACGGUGUGGUCAUUGAGUCUCUAUGUGAUGGUGUGGCUACAGAGGAAAAAUCCAACGUUGAAGAUGGUGUGGUCACUGGGUCUCUAUAUGAUGCUUUGGCGACACAGGAAACACCCAACGUUGAAGACGGUGAGGUCACUGAGUCUCUAUAUGAUGCUGUGGCUACACAGGAAACAUCCAGCGUUGAAGACGGUGUGGAAACACCUAAUGUUGAAGACGGUGUGGUCACUGAGUCUCUGCGUCAUGCUGUGGCUACACAGGAAACACCCAACAUUGAAGACGGUGUGGUCACUGAGUCUCUAUAUGAUGCUGUAGCUACACAGGAAACACCUAAUGUUGAAGACGGUGUUGUCACUGAGUCUCCGUGUCAUGCUGUGGCUACACAGGAAACACUCAAGGUUGAAGACUUUGUUGUCACUGAGUCUCUCUCUGAUUUCCUGGCUACACAGGAGACACCCAAUGUUGAAAACGGUGCGGUCAGCGAGUCUCUGUGGGAUGUCGUGGCUACCCAAGAAACACCUAGCGUUUUAGACGUUGCGGUAACCGAGUCUCUCUGUGAUGUCGUGGCUGCACAGGAAACACCUAAGUUUGAAGACGGUGUGGUUACUGAGUCUCUAUGUGAUGCUCUGGCUACACAGGAAACACCUAACAUUGGAGACGUUGUGCUCACCGAGUCUCAGUGUGAUGUCGUGGCUAGACAGGAAUCAACUGACGUAGACGAUGCGGUCACCAAGUCUCAAUGUGACAUCGUGGCUACACAGGAAACACCUAAUGUUGACGGCAGUGUGGUCACUGAGUCUCAAUGUGAUGUCGUGGGUACACAGGAAACACCUAGUAUUGAAGGCAGUGUGGUCACUGAGUCACUAUGUGAUGCUGUGGCUACACAGGAAACACCUAACGUUGAAGGGAGUUUGGUCACCGAUUCUCAAUGUGAUGUUGUGGGUACACAGGAAACACCUACUGUUGAAGGUGUGGUGGUCACUGAGUCUCCAUGUGAUGUCGUGGCUACACAGGAAACACUCAAUGUUGAAGGUGAUGUUGUCACUGGGUCUCUAUGUGAUGCUGUGGCUACACAGGAAACACCCAACGUUGAAGACGGCGUGGUCACUGAGUCUCUAUGUAAUGCUGUAGCUACACAGGAAACAGCCAACGUUGAACACUGUGUGGUCACUGAGUCUCUAUGUGAUGCUGUUGCUACACAGGAAACACCCAACGUCGAAGAUGGUGUGGUCGCCGAGUCUCUAUGUGAUGCUGUGGCUACACAGGAAACACCCAACGUUGAAGACGGUGUGGUCACUGAGUCUCUAUGUGAUGGUGUGGCUAAACAGGAAACACCCAACGUUGAAGACGGUGUGGUCACUGAGUCUCUAUAUGAUGCUGUGGCUACACAGGAAACACCCAACGUUGAAGACGGUGUGGUCACUGAGUCUCUAUGUGAUGGUGUGGCUAAACAGGAAACACCCAACGUCGAAGACGGUGUGGUCACUGAGUCUCUAUAUGAUGCUGUGGCUACACAGGAAACACCCAAUGUUAAAGACGGUGUGGUCACUGAAUCUCUAUGUAAUGCUGUAGCUACACAGGAAACACCCAACGUUGAAGACGGUGUGGUCACUGAGUCUCUAUAUGAUGCUGUGGCUACACAGGAAACACCCAACGUCGAAGAUGGUGUGGUCGCCGAGUCUCUAUGUGAUGGUGUGACUACACAGGAAACACCCAACGUUGAAGACGGUGUGGUCACUGAGUCUCUAUGUGAUGGUGUGGCUAAACAGGAAACACCCAACGUCGAAGACGGUGUGGUCACUGAGUCUCUAUAUGAUGCUGUGGCUACACAGGAAACACCCAACGUUGAAGACGGUGUGGUCACUGAGUCUCUAUAUGAUGGUGUGGCUACACAGGAAACACGCAACGUUGAAGACGGUGUGGUCACUGAGGCUCUAUGUGAUGCUGUCGCGGCGACACAGGGAACAUCUUCAAUCGAAGGCGAUGUGGUCACUGGGUCUCUAAGUGAUGUCUUGGCUACACAGGAAACACCUAACAGUGAAGACGGGGUGGUCAUUGAGUUGCCAUGUGAUGGAACGAACAUCAAGGGAAGUGAGAUCAAUGCAUCCAUCCAUGAUGUCAGUGCAGCGUCAGCAGUGAAAUCUUCUGAGGUGGAAGGAAGCUUCUCCAAUACAAGCUUAAGAUCAAGGAAACGAAGGAGCAGCUCUGACAACUCCACCGAGUCUUGUGCACACCGCAGCAGGAACUGCUCUGAAAUCUGGGAGCCCCUGAGAAAAUCAAGACGGUUGUCGGAGAACACCGCUAACCUUUGUCAGAUUGACACUUCAGAACCUGAUGAGGUCAAUGUCACAGACAAAACAAUGGAGUCCUCUGAGGAGAAUGUGACUCUGUCUGUGGAAAAACGUCCCUCACUGGAUCUGUGUGGGUUAACUGAAGGAUUAGCUGGAGAAGAAACAACAGCCAUGAAUGUGAGUGAGAUCAAUACAUCCACAUGCAACGUCACUGCAGCCCAAGAACUUGCAACGGUAGAGGAAAUGUCCUCUGAGGACAAUGGGACUGUGCCUAUGAAAAAGCGUUCCUAUCUGGAUCUGCGUGAGUUAACUAGAGGAGUAGACAUAGAGGACACAACUGUCAUUGAUGCAACUGAGAUCACUACAUCCACAGGCAGCGUCACUGCAGCUUCAGAACUUGCAACGGCAGAGGAAAAGUCCUCUGGGAUUAACAUCACUCUGCCUUUGGAGAAGUGCUCCGCUCUGGAUGUAGACGAGGCAAGUGAAGUCUUGUGUACACAGGAAUCAGGGAACGUUUAUGAAGGUGAGAUCACGGCAUCCAGCCACAGUGCCAUUACAGGCCAAGACCUUUUUAUUACCGCGGACGAGUACUUUGAGGGUAAUGUCACUCUGUCUAUGGAAAAGGUUUUCUUAGUGAAUGAAGCUGACCAUGCUGAAGCCAUUGCAACGGACGAAACAACCAGCAAGGAUGAGAUUGAGAUCGCUGCAUCGAUAAAUGAUGUCAGUGCAGCUCCACAAGUUUUCUUUGGAGUUGACGGGUCUGCUGAAGAUAUCACUCUGCCUGUGGAAAAGGUUUCCUUAGUGGAUGAAGCUGACCAUGCUGAAGCCAUUGCAACGGACGAAACAACCAGCAAGGAUGAGAUUGAGAUCGCUGCGUCGAUAAAUGAUGUCAGUGCAGCUCCACAAGUUUUCUUUGGAGUUGUCGGGUCUGCUGAAGAUAUCACUCUGCCUGUGGAAAAGGUUACCUCACUGGAUGUACUCAAGCCUGCUGAAGCCAUUGCGACUGACGAAACACCUAUCACUGAUGAGAGUGACGUCAUUUCGUCCAUACAUAGUUUCAGUGCAGCCUCAGAAGUAUUAAUGGUAGGGGAAACGCCUUCCGAGGCUUAUAUCACUCUGCCUGUGGAAAAGCUUUCCUUACUCGAAGUACAUGGACCAGUAGAGGUUGUGGCUACAGGAGAAACUACUAACCUUGAUGAGGUUGAGAUCACUGCCUGCGCAUAUGAUGGCAGUGUCAUCACAGCAGAGGAAGCUUUGUCCGAGGAUACCGCCCUUCCUGUGGAUAACAUUGGCUCGCUAGAAGUACACCAGCCAACUAAGGCCGUCGCCUCAGAAGAAACAACCAACUUUGACGACGAGAAGAUUGCUGCAACCACAUGUGAUGGUAUUCCGGCAGUGCAAGGGCGCUCUCAGGAUAAGAUCACUCUGCCUGUAGAAAAGGUUUCCUCACUGGAUGUACACGAGCCAGCCAAGGCUGUGGCUACAAAAGAAACAACUUCCUCUGAUGACACAGUGGAGAGAAGCUUGUCCAGUAGAACCUUGAGGAAACGGAAGCGAGCCUCUGAAACAGCCAGUGAGGUGUCUGGCCAGGCCAGCGCGAGCUGCUCUGUGCACAAAGAUGUCGGCGAGCCAGCAAGGAAAUCAAAGCGCUGCUUGCUGAACAGUGGAGUUGAUGCAGCUGCCUCUACCUCCAAGGCUACCACUGCACCAGCCGUCCUAUCUGAAGGAGCUGAAGCUGCAGCCACAGACACGGCUGACAAUGAUACGAUCAAAAUCAAAGCCGAGGGUAUCCCAGCUCCAAACUCUGGUGCAGAGAGUCCAGACACCAUGGGGUACGUGCAUUACUACCUAAGCACGGCUUAUCAGCUCUUGUGUGGUGCCAUGAAGCGAGACCCAGCUGGUACCCUUCCUGCCGUGGAAAGCGUCAUCCAGCAGUCUCAGGUAAGAGGAGCAGUUAUGGUUGGUUAUUAUGGGUGAGACUAGUUCUGAAAAGACCUGUUGUUGCUGACUGGCGUUUCGUCAACCUGAGCUGAAGUCAUCUUCAGAGUCAAGUGAAUAGUGUUUGUCAGUCGAGGGUGUUGUAGGUCUGGUCCGUUAAAAGUGAAUGGUCCGUUUAGCCGUGAUGGUAUAGGAGAAUCUUUGUUUACAAUAUUUGCCUCAUUACCAUAAGCGAUACAGUUUCCGA